AUGGACACCUCUGGCCCGUCUCAGACACCUUGGUUUUUCACCGUCCUUCGUGUACAGAAAGGGCAACUCGACCGUGAACGUGGCAUUACGGGAUCGACGCGUGUGAAAGUGUUCACUGAUGCCAAUGGAGAGUGGUCGAGUGUCCCGCCCAGGUGUCUCGUGGUGCAGUGCCCCGUGUUGGCACCCGACGACCCUCGCCUGCAGCUGGAGGAAUCCAACACCACCUACACGGGCUCGGCGCAGUUCUCGUGCGUGCCCGGCUUCAAGCUGGUCGGGCAUCGCGUCGUCCACUGCACCGCCAAUGGCACUUGGUCCCACGGUCUGCCAGUGUGCAAAGAGGUGCUGUGUCGAGCCGUCCGUAGCCCCGACCACGGACAGGUGACCGGCGCGACGAUCACCAGGAGGGUCGGAGAGGCCAUCACGUACAGCUGCGACGCCGGAUAUGUAGUUCGUGGACACUCCCUGGCCUUCUGCACUCAGGAGGGGUCGUGGUCGCACCCGCCGCCCCAGUGCGUGGAGUCGUGCGCCCACCCCGGCGAGCCCCAGCACGGCCACGUGUCGCCCCGUCGGCCCCGGUACCACAUCGGCGCCACCGUACUGGUCACUUGCCGCCCAGGUUACCGGCCAGCUGGUCCCGACCGCCUUACCUGCCUUCACACCCGCCGCUGGUCCUCGCCCGUCACCCGCUGCGUCCCGUCCUUCGGCUGAGGGAUCCCUGCGCCUCCUCUCCCUGCUGCAGCCUCUCCGAGGGUGAAAAGCCACUAGUUCCGGGUUGCGUCUCUUUGGAAAAAGGGGGCUCCACUUCCGGGUUAUGUGUCUUUGGAUCAAAUAAACACUAAUUGCUGGUUGUGUCCUUUGGGUGAAAGGAGCACUCGUUCCGUGUUAUGUGUCUAAGGGCGAGAGGUGCGUGAGCCUGGCUUGGCGGAUGGCAUCAACAUGUGGAGAUCGUGUGGUCGCUCCCUUCCCGUGUAAAUGCGUUUAUGAUUUUACUGUGGCGCUUCCCCUCUUACCCUUUUCUCCCGCCCUUGAUCUCCCCUCACAAUACUAUUAACGCAUCCACCAACUUCCUUUCUCGCGCCUGCUGCCCUUUGACCCCACUGUCCUUCUGGAUUCUCCUUGUAUUUUCGUUUGGUCGAGCCCUCAUAAUUCCCUUUUCAUAACUCCUUACUUAUAACUCCUCCCUUUUCAUAACUCUUUCUCUCUCAUAACCCCUCCCUUCCCAUGACUCCUCCCCUUUUAUAACUUCUCCCUUUUUCUUAAUUCUUCCUUUCGCAUAACCCCUCCCCCCCCCCCCCCAAACGAACCAGCAGAAGACAUCACAACCACCUUGAGAACUAACCAAUUCCUUUUACUUCGUAGCUAUUCUGACUUUUCAGAUAAGAUAUUUUGUAACUGCAUGCACACAGGAUGAUAUAAGCAGAUAAUAAAUGAACAAAAAAAUAAGAUGAAAAAAUAAAUAAAGAUGAAUGUUAUAGGUAUCAUCAACACGAGUGCAUGUACAGGCUAGAAGGUUCUCCGUGUCCUAGCCUAUGUUGUAAAUACAGAUCGUGUAGUGUUAGUCACACAACUUCCAAGAGUCAGUGCUAGUGGAGUGUACAUUAUGAUAUAGCCAUUCUAGACGCUGUUUAUAACGUGUACAUUCCUUUCUGUCUUUCUUUCUUUUGUGUGAGAUUUACUGCCCCUUGGUUGCAAGGUAAUGUCUGCAAGUUCAAACGCGGCAAAUAAAAGAAAAAGUACGUUUCUGGCGCAUCAUUUGGAGGAACUGGUGAUGGAAGUUUUUUUCUUCUCUUUUCUUCUCUCUUUCUUUCUUUCCUUCUUUGUGUUUUUUUCUUCUCUCGUUCUUUCUUGUGGCGAAUCGUUGUGGAAUAUCAUUUUAACGAUUCAGUGUACAACGCUACUGUAGUGAUCAUUUCAAGAAUAAAGUAUUCUGGUUUUGUUAGGCAUGAGUGUGUGUAACUGGUUGUAUUGCCUUAAUUAAGACCCAACUUCAGGACAUUUCUUUAAUCUUAUUCCAUUUAUUAUGAAACUUCUCAUAUUCACUCUUCUUUCUUUCUUCUCCUCUCUUGAGAUUUCAUUUCUAUAAAGGUAAUUCCUUUGAAUUUCCUGAUGUAUAUAGUGUAGUACUGUACUGGAUACCUUCAAGUGCUCUAAUCUUUCCUUUCUUGAAAAUGCGCACACAAAUACACCCACACACACA